UGGAUAUGUAGGCUCCUCGCGGCAUUAUCGUCAUUCCCUGCCAGCAUAAUAAAUGUAGCACGCGCUGACAAUGAGCUUGACAAUCUCCCGCGAACAAGUCGCAGCACGAGCCGAUGCGAAACACCUCAUAUCACGUGACGUAAACAACAAUGGCGGUUAUAACUAUAUUUAGCUUCCUCUGCAUGUAAUCGUUGUCCUGUCAUGGACGUAGAAUGUUGGGGACCAGAUUUCUGACUGUUCCUUACUCAAGUUUAAGUGUUGGUCUAUGUAAACAAAUAUGUUUAUCACAUUGUCAAAGAAUCAGAAUAAUAAGACACAUCAGCAAAACCGUUGCAGCCCAUCGAAUAUUCGACGUCCCAGGUGAAAGCGAAGUGAUCGACCUAAAGUCAAAGUAUCCAAAUCCUAAAGAACUUGUCACAGACUUACUGAGGCCGUUGGAGAACUCGAAUGAUAUCCUGGAACAGAGAACCAAGUUUAUUCCGAAACUCAAUGGGCAAUACUGGAAGGCGAAGGUCAAGGUGAACUGGCCUUACGCUUUGACCUUCACUGGAGUCCACAGCUGUGUGACCCAAGCAGAAGAGAAUGCAUAUCUCAUUGCAUGCGAGCUGUACAAGAGUGUUGGUCUGCUGUAUGUUGAUGAUGACAGCAUCGUCCACGCCGCCUCCCAGGCCCACGUUCUACAGCUGCUGGAACAGCUGGCCAAGAAGAACGUCUUUCGGGCAGCCGACGUGACGAGGGAUGUUUACCACCUGGAGACCAGAAGGGUGGGCAGCAAGCAGGGAGAUGCUGCGUGGACGUCCAGGAUGACCGUUCCUUGGCCACAAAAGUUUACAGUUGCUGCAACUGGGCUUACAAAGCAAUCCUCUGUCUACAUUGCGUGUCUGAUGGCUUGCACCAAACUCAAGCUUCUCCAUCUGAUGACCGCCAAAAAUAACCUACACGAAAACAUCCACCCGAAGUACCCCCCUCUUCCGCCUACACGUGUAAGAGUCAAAGACUUUGAUCCCCACUACCAGAUCUACGUGGACGCCUCGCUGAUCGGCUUUGGAGCGUAUCUCCUCACGAAGACCGACAACAGAGUACGAUGGAUGUCUGAAUCGUGGACAGAUCACUUCAACACAGCUCUUCCAUGGGGAGACCGAAAACAUUUUGAUUCUUCUUUCUACGAGUUCUAUGCCCUCCUCACAGCGUGUUACACAUGGAAACACAAGUUUGUCGAUCAACGAGUACUGUGCUGGACAGACAAUCUCCAGGCCGCCACACUGGUCAACUGCCGACUGACCGGUUUACCUCUGAUUCUACACGGUCAGUACGGCAAGUUGUUCCAGGUGAUGGUCAACAUGUGUCAGACGUACAACAUCCGUCUCAAGGGAUCCCACGUCUACCGUGUUGAUAAUGUCGCUGCAGACUUUCUCUCCAAGGUCCAGAUUGAAAAGUUCAAAAAGGUUUUCCCUGAAGCGGAGGUGAAAUCGAAGAAAACAAAGAAACUGCAUUUCUUGAAGCCCAUUGUGCCAAACGUUACUGUUCCCGCCAAGGACAAAUCUUGAUGUCAGUUGAAUUAUAAUACUUUGUUAUGUAUGCUAUGUAUACAGUUGUUAAACAUUAAGGGAGAGAA